AUGGUGCGGCCCUCCGCCUCCGUCUACACCUACCUCCCCGAGCCGCCUGGCUGGCGCGCCCACCCGCCCGGGCGGCUCCCCUCGGACGCGACCGACCCCUGCUGGUCGCUCGACCCCGCCCCGCCGGCGGAGGGCUCGCGGCCCCUCGCCAUCGUCGAGGUCGUCGACUACGACCUCUUUGUGCUGGGCACCUCCCGCGUGAUCGAGCUCGACCCCGUCGGCGUGCUCGCCGAGCGGCUGGGCGACGAGGCGGUUCAGCGGGUGCGGCGCGCGCUGCGAGAGUCGCGCACGUACCCCUCCUUGUCCGAUCUGAGCGACGCGCUCCUCUUGGCCAUCUUUGGCGAGCGCGGCCCGAGCGGCUGGCUGUUUGAGGCGAUUGUGUCGCCGCACGUGUACGCGACGCGCACGCUGUGGGACACGCGGCUGCUCGGCCGGAGGAAGCAGCUCAAGACGUACCGCGGCCGGGAGGUCGAGCUCGACACCUCGCCCGACCUCGCCUGCUGCAACAUGGACGUGCUGCACCCCGUCUCGCGCCCGCUGUCCGACGCCCGCAGGCACUGGACGGUGCGGAUCUGCCAGAUCACGCCCCUCGUCCGGAAGGAGCUGACGGACGGCGAGGCCAAGGCCAUGCUGCAGCGGCUCCUCGACCAGGCGCGCCGGCGCGCCCCCCAUUCCACAACCCCCCCACCUCUCUCUAAGCGGCGUCGAAGCCAGCUCGGCUCGGCGGCGACGCACAGCCCGAGCGCGACCGCGGCAGCGGCGCUCCGCCCUCCCGCGACGGCGCGAGUGGGAGCGGAGCUCGUCGCCCUCCACGUGCGGCUGGACGACCGCAAUAAGAAGUACAGCAUCAGGCCGCCCCGCGGCAGCAGCAGCAGCGCGCCGUCCUGGGGAGCGGCCCCGAGCCUCGGCGCCGACGCAUUGCGAGCCAAACCACGCAAGAAGCCUCGCACCGCCACCCUGCAGGUCGGCCGCGUGGUGUUUCUGCGCCCCGGCCGCCUGCCUGGGGGGGCGAGCCCGCACCAGCCGCACCUCAUCCUCGAGGAGACGUGGCCGCUCCGGGGGGAUCGCGGCUGCAGGACGACCCGCCACUUCCGCCUCCAGCCCCAGCCGUCGGGCGAGCCCUUCCUCCUCGAGGAGGAUGCGGUGACCGCACUGCACAACGGCUUCCGCGACGCGUGGCUGGCGAUGGAGGCGGCGGGGCACGCCUCGCAGCGGGAGGCCCUGCUCCGCGCCCUCUCGUGGUAUUGUGACGAGAAUGCUUGGCGGCCGCCCUUGGACUGCAUCCGCCAGCUCCUCCACUCGGGCGCGGUCAGCAAGGAGCAGGCGCUCGAGCUCGCGGCCGAGAUGCGGGCGCUGACAGGCCGCAAUUGGGUUGCGGACGCCAACAGCGUCGGUUCAGAGAUUGCGCGGCACCACCGCGCGGAGCGCAGGCAGCGCGAGGCUGCUGCGCCGGGGGCGGUGGUGGUGCCGGCGUCGCAUCGGGCCGCGGUGCUGGAGGGCCUCCGCCGCGUGCUUGGAAAGGAGGGCGGCGACCCGGAGGAGUGGUGGGAGAGGAAUGGAACAGGAGGGCCGUUCCCUUUUGAGGUGGAGCUGGCGGGGCCUCUAUGA